CCCGGCAUGCAUUGCCUGGGACGGGGCAAGUCGGGCGCCAAGCGCCUGGCCGGAGCCGCCUUCCCGGAGUCCUUUGCGCGGCACCUGGCGACAAAAUGGCUGCCCGAGGGAGACGGGCGGAGCCUCCGGGCCGGGAGGCGCCGGGCCCCGCGGGCGGCGGCGGCGUCGGGAGCCGAUGGGCUGAGUCUGGGCCCGGGACGUCGCCCGAGAGCGGGGACGAGGAAGCGUCGGGCGCGGGUUCUAGCCCGGUGUCGGGCGGUGUGAACUUGUUCGCCAACGACGGCAGCUUCCUGGAGCUGUUCAAGCGGAAGAUGGAGGAGGAGCAGCGGCAGCGGCAGGAGGAGCCGCCCCCGGGCCCGCCGCGACCCGACCAGCCUGCCGCCGCCGCCGCCGCGGGCCCUGGGGAUCUGAAGAGGAAGGGCGGCCCGGGCCCCACGCUCAGCUUCGUGGGCAAGCGCAGAGGCGGGAACAAACUAGCCCUCAAGACGGGAAUAGUAGCCAAGAAGCAGAAGACGGAGGAUGAGGUAUUAACAAGUAAAGGUGAUGCGUGGGCCAAGUACAUGGCAGAGGUGAAAAAGUACAAAGCCCAUCAGUGCGGCGAUGAUGAUAAGACUCGGCCCCUGGUGAAAUGACCCCCUUCCCCCGCCUGCCUACGGCCUGGGACUCUCUGCGA